GAGGUCUCCAUCCUUCAGCAUCCCCUCAGCAGUCACCUAUUCGCCCUCUCCUCCUCUGUGGGUGCUUUGUGUAGCGCAGGAGGAGAAGAGGAGAGGCUGCCCGAGGAGGAGACAGAGGGGAGCCCGAGACAAAUACGUCCCACGCCAGAACCACACAGCCGGUGGGCAACUUUGAUUUUUGGACGCCGCGGAUAGCCUGCGAUGUACAUGACAAUGAAGAGAAAGAGCCACGUUUCCUCUUCUUUAUCUACCCCUUCCUCUUCUUGGGAGGCUUAGAUGCGUCAGGCGUGUGCAACAUACUACUACGUCCUUGGACUGAGACGCUCAAUGAAGAUUUAUUUCUCUGUGAUUUCGCUGCUCAGCUCGCUGAUGGUGCCGCCUCGCCGUGCUUGCGCUUAGGUCAGCCGAAUGAAUCCGAAGGGGGUCUGAGCGCAUUGUUUCCUGCUCCGUUGCAUUUGGGAUUUCCAGCCGUGAUGUCUGCAAUCUUGCGCUCUUUGUUUCUCGUUCUGUUCGGUCUGCUGUCAGUGGGUGCCCAGACAGAGAUGAAGAAAGUUGUUGGGGACAAUGCCACUCUACCGUGCCACCACCAGUUUCCAGCUUCCAGCCCUCUUGACAUUGAGUGGUUGCUGCAGAAACCUAACUCAAAGCAGAAAGUGAUCAUUACUUUCUUCGGAGGACAGGUCUACACUAACGAGGCCGUUGGCAGUGACGCCAGCCGCUUGUCCUUUGCCGGGGAGUACCUGGGCGGUGACGCCUCCCUGCUGAUCAGUGACCUGCUGCUGACCGACUCUGGGGAGUACUACUGUAAAGUCAAGACUGGGGGAAAGUACCACUGGAGCCAGGUCAACCUCAUUGUUCUGGAAAAGCCCUCCAAGCCAAGGUGCCGGAUGGACGGAAAACUCUUGGAGGGCAAGGAUGUCAAGCUGAGCUGUAAAUCCAGCGAUGGUUCAGACCCCAUUAGCUACAAGUGGGAGCGAGUGCUUGACAAAGGGAAGAGUUUGGGCAAGCUUCCAAACUUGGCACUGAUAGAUCUGAAGAACCCAGAGAUUGUCACCCUGAGGAAUCUCACCAUGGACAGCACAGGUGUCUACAGGUGCACAGCAAGCAAUGAUGUCGGAGAGGAAAACUGCACCAUUGAGGUCACGAUGCAGCAUGUGAGGGAUGUUGGGACGGUGGCGGGAGUAGUGGUGGGAAUAUCCCUCGGUGUCCUCAUUGUCAUAAUAAUCAUCUGGCUCGUCUUCUGGAAGAAAGAAAAAAAGAAGUACGAAGAGGAGGAGACCCCAAAUGAGAUCAGGGAAGAUGCUGAGGCUCCCAAGGCCAAACUAAUGAAGCCAAACUCCCUAUCCUCUUCCCGCUCUGGCAGUUCACGCUCCGGCGCCUCCUCCACCCAAUCAAUGGUGCACAACAGCACCCAACGUGGCCACCGCCCACGUCCACCUGCAGUGGCAGCUCUCAAGGAAAAUGGACAGCCUCCAGGCUUCCCCCAAUCCCCUCCAGCUUACACCACAGUGGUGCCCCCGAAAACCCCUGAGCCCCCUGUCACUCCAAAAUUCAACUCCAGGAACAUGUCUGGACCCACACCCCCGACUCUCAUGGUCCCAGCCCAGACCAAGGCCUUUCAGACUGUGUAGGACUGAAAGCCAAGCCCUUUCCUGCAGCCAUGUAAGACUCUGACCCCUCCCUGAAGCCCCAUAACCCUCUCUCCCAAAGACUGAGACUCUUCCAUAAACAAAGAAAUGCAACUAGUUUAAAGGAUGUAAUUAAAAGAAUCAAUACUAUAAUUCCAAAAGUACUUUUAAUGAAUGCAUAACUUAAAGGGUAAAAUAUAAGACAUGCUUGCCCCUACUGAUUAAAAAACAACAAACAAAAAAGCUGAAACUUGAGAUGCAAAACAAUCCCAUGGCUGAAGGUAGAACUUUUUUGCUGCAUUUCUUCUUUUUGCUUCAGAUGGCACAGAGAAGCACCAUGUGCAUUGAGGUGGAAGGCGCCCCCUUGAAGAGCUUUAUUUAUUUAUCAAAUCAAAGGCUUAGGCAUGCAGUCGGCGUGAGAAAAAGAAACUAAAAACAUACUUACAUUCGCCAUCAGUUAAACAAGAUGAAUAUAAGUAGGGCGGAAAAGAGGGGAAAAGUGGGAGACUGUCUGGGAAGCUGGGUUUUUUGUUUUUGUAAAGUUGGAGACCAGGGAGGAGGGGUGAUUCUCUGAUUCAUAUCACUCUUCACCUCUAUCUGGCUGCUUCCAAUUACUUGCUCUAAAACCACAAACCGCUUUGCCUCCCCCCAUGGGCCUGGCCGAUUUUGCCCAUCCAUGUGGACAGACACGGUGCGCAGCGUGUGCAUCAUCCGCCUCGUUGCUUUUGGUCUUUUGUGCUCUCGCAGAGGAACCCGUGAGAAACCACAGACUGACUCAGCUGGCUCGUGAACGCCUCAUCUGCUUCACUGUUUGACUGGCAUAUGGGGCGGGAGGGACUUCAGGAACAAGGAUGUAGCAUUGACAGUCAAAUCAAUGGACUUGUUAUUGUUCCUCCCACAUCUACAUUGUUAAACUCCUGUACUGCUACCAAAUAUUCUCCUAAGUACUUUAGUAGCAAGUAUUAGGCCUAUAGCGAUUCUUUAAACAUAGAGGUAAGCAUCUAUUAGAACAGCUAGGAUCUUUGUUUGGUUUUGUCUCUGUUUCUUUUUGUCUCGUUUUCCUGUGCGGGUUACAAAAUGUCAAAGGCAGCCAUGUGUCCAGUCCCUCAUUUUAAGAAGUGCCACCAAUGCCCCAGGAUGGGUUGUGAUUGGUAUCUUUUUCUUAUCAUUUUCUUUUUGUUUACCAGCUACAUUUCUGAACUGAAGCCAAAAUUUGUUGAGAUGAAUGUGUGAUUUACAAAGAUGGUGGAGUCCACUAUUUUCAGCCUCCUUCGGGGUACAAUAUCAAACUAAGACACUUGACUUUCAAAUUUUACUUUAGCUUGUCUAAAGAUGGGGAACAAGGAGUGUGACUCCAAAUAAAUCUAACACUCUCCUUGGAUCCGUAACAGCAGUGUGGCACUUGAUUGUUGUUUCGCCCAAUCACUUGCUUGGUUAAUGCUUGUUGUCAGCAAGAAACCUAUCUGUUGUAUCCUCCGAGAGACAAAAUGCAGUUUAACUGAAAGUAGCUGAAAAAAGGGCAAGUAGCCUAUCUAGUGUGCCUUUGCAAUCCCUCUCCCUUUAGAUGUUUUCUUUUCUCUUUUCUAAACCCCUCACCACCCCUCUCCCUUGGUCCUUAUCUUCAGUGUACCAGCAGUUAAGUCCCUGUUCACAUGAAACUUUGAGGGUCACCAGCAGGAAGCACUCGAUAUCACAAGAACUGCCCCAGAAACGGAUGCAGCCGAAGAAGCACCAAGCAGAGUGAGUAGUGAGAAAGCAAUCCCAUGCCACAAGACUAUUUACUGUACAUUCUGUAAUCAGUCUUGUUUUAUAUUGUACAUACAGAUAGCUAUACGCACAUGAUGUCAGUUCAACUUAAAAAUAAGGGUAUGUCAGGAAAAUGUUUCCUCAUAAAAUAAUGCCAAGUGAGAAAUCCAAAGUGAAGUCAAACUUUUUUUCUGAAAUUACAAAUGACAAUGAUAUUGUCAGUGACCCUAAUGUGAAACAAACAUUUUAUGACGGUAUGUGUGGAUGUAUACAGGACAAACUCAUUUGAUCCAUUAUGACCACUUCCAACUUACCCUAUAUUUUCUGUAUACUUGGACAAGUUUUCAAGACCACCAUUGUGUUCAAAAAUGACACGAGUCUGUGACAGUUAAACUUUGCUUUGAACGUAUAGUUUAAUUAUUGAGAUAAAAUCCAAAUAUAAUUUUAAUAUAAUUUAUUUUGCUACAUUUGAAAAAUUAUUUCCAUCCAGACAUAAUCUAGCGCCUUCAACAGACAAUUAAAAUUUCACUCUGAAAGGCGAACUUUCACUGUUUCUUAAAAUGCAAAAUGUGCAACCUUUUACAUUUCACACACAAAUACCAUUGUGGUUUCUCAACCUUUGGAAAAUUUCUAGUUUUGUCUUCCUCACAUCUGUAGUCAGAGAAAUAAUUCUAACAUUUCUAACAACCAUAAUUGUAAGGGGGGGGUGGGAACAAAGCUAAAGGAAGAGCUACGUUUAUCUUUAUCCUGCAUUUCUACAGUUAUUUAUUUAUUUAUUUAUUUUACCAGAGUAGCUAUUAGAGCCACUGUGUCCUAUUUUGCUAUUUGACAGCCUAGAACUCCCAUCAUCCGUGGCUCUGCAUCAUUAGAGCAAAUUUGGUCAUAUUUCAGGUCUAAAUCUGCAACAUCUGCCAGGAAAGGAUGUGUUGUUUGAUUUCACACAUUGGAUUUCACACAUGACUUAACCACAGAGGUAAUUGGGAUUUUUAUUUAUUUAUUUUUCUUUUCUAUUAUUUCACUAAAAGCAGCGUGUCAUAUUCAACCAAGGAGGCUACUCUAUGUGUGUAAUAGAGAAGUUUUAAGCCUGUGUACUGGCAUGUCUGUGAAUACACUUGUAAUUGUGUGUGAACGUGUAUGCGUGGGUGUAUGCAUGUAAAUUCAGUAUUUGCCCUUGGGCCACACCCACACACUCUGAUGUUACCCAUUCAAUGAGGGCGAAGGAUGCAGUCAAGCAAGGGAACCUCUGUUUAAAUGUACAUGACUGAAGAUUGGCAGUGUUGAUUUUAGCUUUUGCUUUGUUUUAUAUGCCUACUGAACUUUGCUUCACAGGCAGCAGUCAUGAUUUUUGCUUGUGGGGGUGGCAUCUCGAGACAAAGAGCGUUCAUAAUUCAUAACUCUCAUCAGCUCUGGAGGGGACUGGUGCGCUUCUAUCUUUGUGCAGAAUGCACUUUGCCCAGGUUGUCUUGGUGGCAUCUCACCAAACAGACACACAUAGUUACAAGUUGUAUAUACCUACACAUCAACAGGUGCACACAUCUUAUGCGAGACGCAUAUGACAGUGCAGUUGUGUGCACACGCAAGCACACCUCACAAAAACUGACACCCUUUGCACAAACAAAAGCCCAAACAAGCAUUCCCUGUUAUUUCUGCUCCUUCAGAAUCAAUUUGAUGGAUCGAAUGUCUGGAGGUAUUACCGCUGACUGAUGGAGCCCGGAUACUAAAUGUGGCACAGAAUGGGACGUGGCAUCACUCAGAGGACAUGUGCACACACUUGCAUAAAAAAAAAUACAGUAAGAAAACAGACACACUUGGAAGCACUCACUAAAACAGACACUGCUAUGCAUCUUGAAGAUCUCAAUAGCAUAUGCUGAAAGAUUUUUUUUUUCCCCAUCUUGGGAAUUUAUAAGAGUGGUACCGGGAAACAAGAGAGUUAUAACAGGAUUGGUUCUGAGCCAGGGCUGUGGGCUCUUGUCAUUGAAAUUUCCUCCUCCACAGAUGAAAGUAGCAGUGGUGGUGCAGGAUGGGAAUCAAGUCUUCCAGCUUUAAAUUCCUCCAAGCUUUUUUGAUUUGCCUUCCAGCGUCGGCAAGUCUCAGGUGGCAGAUCCCCCAGUUUGUAAACCCUCACGCUGCAUACUUCUUUGUGACCCAACAAACUCGCUCUUUUUCCAACAAAUGAAUUUUACGUCGCUUUUGUCAGUUCAGUGUGCGCAGGAGGAAGAAGUCUUAACACGCCCCACAGCUCAGCAUGUCGGCUCCACAUGCAAUAUUAUCAGUCAGCAGCACCGCACAUUGUCUUGUUACCAACACUCAAAGGUGCAGUUUAAUGGUUAAUGGUUAUCCUGCGGUAUGUGAUGGGAGAACGAAUCUCAUGUAGCUACAGUGUUUUAUGUUCUAUUAGUCGCGCUUUAUUUCUGAUUAAAGCUAUUGAGCAGGGCAAUCUGUGGUUUGGCCUUGUCUGUCAGUAUAAGAGAAUGUGAUGUAUUAUUGCUUUUUAAGAGUGGAGAUGAACGAGGCUUGGUUCAACCUCAAGGAAGUUAAAGAGAGAUUGUAAGAGGUACCUGCAUGUCAUAAGAUUGAGCAGAUGAACGGGAAUGCUUUGCUUUGAUGUAACAUAACUGUAAUCAACUAAAAGUAAUAAAAAAUAAAUAAAUCAAAAAUUGUAAAUAUAUCAACACUAAUUGAUUUUUGAAGCUUUACUUUUGUCUUCUUUUGUUGUUUUUUUUGUUUUUUUGUUUUGUUUUGUUUUUUUCAAAUGUUUAUCCAUGUACUUUGCACUUUUCAGUGUGCUAUGCUCGUCACCGGUGUGUGUUGAUUCUGUGUGGUCGGCUGUUUCCUCUUGACUGGGUUGUUUCAGUGUCAGGGGCAGACAGGCUCAGCAUGGCUCGACUAAAGGGAAAUGUAAAACACUUCUGUUUACUUUACUCUCAUCUGUUUUUUGAUGUGCAUUUUCAUUUUAGUUUUCUAAAAUAAUAAGGGAUUUUUUUUUUUUUUUUUGCUUUGUUCAUUUGAUGAAAACAAUCCUUGUAAAUAUCACGAGUAAAAAAUGUAUAUUUUUACGACUUCUGAGUUAUUACUCUUUCAUUUGCAAAUAAAAUAUUCAAUGACAACCUAA